GACCGUGGCUGUGGUCUGGGUGGUUUCUUUUAUCAUAUGUGCUCCCAUAACGGUUAUGAAUCGACGACGGGAGAUCAGCUUUGGGACAUUUGCCAUCUUGGUGUGUCAGGAGGAGUGGCCUCAGCACCGCCUCAAACAGGGAUAUAAUGUGCUGCUGUUUGUGAUGCUCUACUGCCUUCCUGUGGCGUUUAACCUCACCAUAGGUUUCCUAACUGGCAGGCGGCUUUGGGGAGGAAAGAAAUCUACUUUUGCGGAUCUGGAUCCUCGCAGCCAAGCUCUGCAUGUGUCCCGCCUCAAAACGCGCCAGAAGAUCGCUAAGAUGGUUGUGUGUCUGGUGCUGCUGUUUGCAGUAUCAUGGCUGCCCCUCUACUUGGCUGACCUUUGGAUCGACUAUGAUCAAAGUCAACCAUCUUGGCUCCUGCAGACACGCCCGUUUGCCCAGUGGCUAGGUCUGACAAACUCCAGCCUUAACCCCAUCUGUUACUGUUUCAUAGGGGACCUGUACCGCUCAGCUAAGGUGAUACGGACGAGAUACUACCAGAAAGUUGCGUCCCUCUUCGGCUCCUCCUCCUUCUCCAGCUCGGUUACAGUGGCGUCUUCUGUCGCACGGAUUUCAGACACAAGAGUGACAUAUGCUGAGCGCCACCACAUUGCUGCAGCUGUGGCAGCGUCUGCGUCCAUUGUGACUGUCCCCAGGUUGUUGAACCUGGCCAGAGUCCAGGGGCUAGGGCAGAGGGUCGGAGACAGUUCAGACAGCCAAGCAGGAUCCGACCACAGUAUCUCAGACUGGUGUCGCUCCAGUCCCAGUGUGUGCGACAGCUCUUUGUUCCCCUGCCAGCUGCACACACUUCAGAACUCCAUGCAGAAAACAGAAUUCCUGCCCAUGAGAAGACACUCAGUGAAUGACAAUGCAGGAUCAUUACCUUUAAGAAUGGAGUGUGUGGAAAUAGACAUUCUGCCUUUAAGGAGUUAUUCAGGGGACAUAAUAUAUGGUCCGUCAAACGAUAAGAGAGACAUUAUUACCAUGGGCAGAGACGCUCUGUGUUACACCCUGCAGCAUCAGAGCAAAACAUUACACACCGACUCUUUGGUAGGAGACAGGGAGGAUGAAACGAUCGACAUGACCAGCCUGUGAAAGCUACAGAUUAACUCAUACUUUAUAUCAGCAGGGAUGACUUUUUUCUUGUUUGUCACAGACAUACACACACACACACACACACACACACACACACACACACACACACUCCUGAUUCACAGUUUGUAGUUGGCAGUAUGAGUUAAUCCCUCAGAAAAGCCACUGUUUGACUUAAGGCUAAACUGACCUGGUCUACACUCUCUUUCUGUUCCUGUGUUGUUUUCUCUUUGUGUCCAGGAAAGCACAGGGAAUCCAGGGCAGACGUUUGCAACAAUCAGAUCAGGUUUUGAAGGUGGGUGCAGGGAGCGGCGGUGGAGUAAACUCUGCAGGGGAAGAGCUGGAGUGUUAUUUAGCCCCAGGCUCGAAAGCAAUUUACCAGUAAAAAGGAUAGCGUAGCAGCAGUGCACCAUCACAUGCAAAGCACAUCAUAAGUGAUUCAAUUGCUCGUCACAGCUUGAUCUAAUUUCUGCUUAAAACAAUA